UGUUGGAAAACGCAAAAACAAACUAGUGACUCAGAUUAAUGACCUUCAACUUGUUUUGAUCGUUGGAAGAAUCACAAUAAUGAUUGUCAGUAGCGGUAGUGAUGAUUGUGGAAUUCAAUUAAUGCAGCUAUUCGAAAACGGCGAACGAUUUUCCUGAUUCUUGUGUGAAUGAUGCAAUUUCCUCUGCGAUAGAGUGUAGAAAGAGGUUAUGUGAGGCUGCUCUGUUGUCGCAAGUGACGUCACGGUUUGGUGCUGAAAAAUCAUACGAUACUCGUUGCUGUGCGCUGAUUGGUGCAAACCGGUGGUGAGCUGAUGGUGUGGUGUAUCAGGCCGUCCCACUCUGGCGCACUGUGAAUCACAUUAGUGGUCUCGUUCCUUCGUUCAUUUUUCGACGGUGCUGUUUAAAAGUUGCAAGUUUUGAUUGGCUUUCGCGAGGAAAUUUUGAAUUUUUAAGGACUAAAUCGGAUUGAUUUGGAGGAAAUUUGCGGGCAACAGAUAGCUUGAAUCGGUAUUGUUAAGUGGGAGGUGAAAGUUUGACGAAAUGGACGGCCGAGGAGGCUGGGGUAGCUUCCAGCCUGGCGGUGCAAUGGCGAUGGACAUUGCAGACAGUGUCCUCAAAGGAGACGAGCUGGACAUUAACGAUAUUGCCGAUAUGUAUCAACUGAACGAGGAGAAGCUCAUGAACAUCAUGGGUGAGGAUUUUCUCAGCCAGUAUAGCUGGGAGGACAAUGUGAUGGAUCAAGUUUCUCCAGAUUCUACGACGUCACCGUUGUUGAAUUCGUUGAACGAUUCGGGAAACUCUUCGCUUGAUAUAAAGAAGGAAGAUUCGGCCCUGUUGCAAAAUACUGCGAGUCCCACUCUGCAGAGUCACCAACAGCUGCAGCAAUUCUAUUGCAAUCUGGUUUCGAGAGAUCCGAUGAUCUCCGUGAGUAGCACUCAGACGCCGAAACCACAACAAAGUCAACCGCCGGCUAUUACCGCUACCACGAUAAAGCAGGAACCGGUGCUGAUCCACCAGCAAUCGAUUAAUACGAGCUCUGCUCCAAUUAUCCUCACUCAAAAUCGGACCAACAUAGCGGCCAAUACUUCUACCAUCCUUGUGCAGAAUACCCGUACCCCAGCGGGAUAUUCCUACAUCAAGACGAUUGCUCCGGCGACGACGGUGGCCACGAGCAUUCCUCAGAACAUUCUACCGGCCAACGUCCGAGUGCAGAAUCUUAUAACUACGAAAGCCACCGUGGCUCCAACCCCGGUGACUACGGCCACAGCCGUUCCAGUGAUGCAACAGGUCUUCACCUUCCAAAGUGGGGACAAGCAGGUGCUCCUGCAAGCUAACCCAACCACCGUAAUGACAACCAACACGCAAAACAUUCACACUUUGGUGAACACCCCCAACGGCCCAAUUCUGACGACGGGAAUACCACUGGUCUUAGAUGCCCCGGAGAAUGCAGGCAAGAUGCAGAUCAAUCGACUCCAGCAAUCGCACACAAGUCAGCCGGCACCGGUGCCCAAGGUCAAGGAAGUCAAACGUUCUGCCCACAAUGCCAUCGAGCGUCGCUAUCGGACCUCGAUCAACAGUUGCAUAGUGGAGCUUAAAAACAUGGUUGUUGGACUUGACGCCAAACUGAACAAAUCCGCCAUUCUACGGAAGGCCAUCGACCACAUCCGGCACCUGCAGAAACAAAACAACAGUCUGAAGCAGGAAAAUAUGUACCUCAAGAUGAAGAUGACCAACCGGAAGCAUUCGCUCAAGGAUCUCCUGGUGGCCAACGUACACGACGACAUGGUCCCCGUCAGCGGCCCGAUCACACCUCCGAGGAGCGACGAAUCCAAUCCAUCGCUUUCACCGUCGCACAAUUCGGACAAUUCAAUGCCACCGUCUCCCUUCGGGACGUCUUCUUCCGGUGGCAUGGAGGAAUCGCUCAACGAAGACGAUCUCAUGUCCAGCGUCCGGGGAAUGUCCGCCCACUCGCGGCUCACCCUCUGUAUGUUCAUGCUGGCCGUGCUGGUUGUCAAUCCAUUUGGGAAUUUCCUCUCUUCUGGCGCUGGUGGUGAUGAAGAACUAGAUCCCGGAACCAGCCGGCGAAUACUAGCCGUGGACGAACCCUUUUUCUCCUGGUCCAGCUUUUCCUCUUCGGCCAUGAUUUUCUUGAUAAACUUUGCACUGCUGGCUUUCGGCUUGAUAAAGAUGCUGGUCUACGGUGAUCCGAUACUACCGUCACGCUCGAAAGCAUCCACGGAAUACUGGAAGCACAAGAAGCAAUCGGAUUUGGACUUUCAACGUGGCAAUACGGCGGCAUCCCUACAGGAAUCAAAAAGAUGCUUGGCUUCGUUUGGAGUCACGAUUCCCAACAGUCGCCUGGAAACAAUCAUCACCACCUGUUGGCAAUUUAUCCGCAUGUUCCUGCACCGGAUCUACAUUGGGCGGUGGCUUUCCCGUCGCACCGGUGGCCUCUUGAAGCCCGAAUCCCAACGCGCGGAUGCUCUGAACUCGGCCAAGGAACUGGCCCUACUCUUUCAUCGCUUGAACCAACUCUAUUUGGUCUCGAACCAACCGGAAGUCAAUGGUCUCAUGAUGUCGCUGUACGCCGUCAACAUGGCAGAGGCUGCCUCGGCCGUCAUGUCUCCGGAGGACACGAUCGAAAUCUACAUCACGGCGGCCCUGCGGGUCAAGAAGAGCUACCCACGCUUCAUGCAGUACUUCUGCCGGUACUAUCUGGCCAAGGCGAAACAGGUCUGCAACAACUGCGAUCAGGUUCCGGCCAAGUUCGCCUGGGCGUUCACCUCGUAUGGUUUCCGGUUUCUGACGACCCACGCCGUGCAGUUCGAGGACGCACCGGACUCGAUGUUCACCAUGCUCGGGAACAAGGCCGACCCGCUGGAGUACAUGAUGAGGGACUACCGCGAAAACUUGCUGCAAAAGUCGAUCCAAUGUCUGGUCGGUUCGGGUCAGAUCAGCCGGAAGCACGCCGAAGCGGCCUUCGCUCAGCAAUCACAACUGCAGGCAACCGCCGAACCGAACGGUGAAGCGUCCUCCAAGGAUUCCAUCAUCAAGGACGACCAAUCGGACAAUGGGAAACCGUCGGCACCGUCGGCGUCCUAUCCGUACUCGGGCUGCCAGAUCAGCAACGUGCUGCACUUCACCCAGCUGCUCAAGGACAUUUUGAGCGUGGAGAAUCAACCGGUUACGUUCGAUCGAUGCCUGAUCAGCGGGAACUGCUGCCAGGAUCGGUUGGCCCACUGGUGGUCCAGUUUGCUGAGCAUUGCCGCCCACUGGUUGCUCGGCGAGGACGCCGAAGCCGAGCGUCUUUACCUGCACAUUGAAAAUCUACCGCCGGAGCUGGCCAAGGGAGAGGAUACCUUACCGAAGGCACUGUUUGCAGCGUUCCAGGCGAAGCGAGCGUUGCUAAACAAACCACACUACAACUCGGUAAUCGUGUUCCAAAACUGCAACGCCGGAAGCCAGUGUUUGGAGGACAGUCUAACUACUAACAUCUGCAAGAGACCGAUGAAGCUGAAAAUGCUCGCCCAGCUCCUGGCAUGCGACUGGCUGCUGGAAGCCCGCACAGCCCUCUGGGAAGCAGAUAACGAAAAGUUCCAGAGCCAGAACGGAGAGUACGUCCCCGUUUCCGGUGUGGUGCUGGCCAAGUUCCAGAAGGACCUAAAUUCCUUGCGGAUCGUCACCAACGAGAUCCCCAACGCCCAAUCGCGAGUAUUUCUGUACGAAGCCGUGUGCCGUCUGAUGGCCGGUGCCGCUCCCGGGCCCACCCAGCAACUGUUGGGCCACAGCCUGCGGCAGCGCUACUCCCGGGCGUCGAUCAUUUGCAGCGGUAAAGAUCGAAGCUCCCAGCUUGUUGGUGGUCGGGAACGGGCCGCUGCCUUGUAUGUGGCGUGCAAACACCUUCCGGCACCGUGUCUGUCGUCACCGGGCGAACGGACCAGUAUGCUUCAGGAGGCGGCCAAAACGCUGGAGAAAAUUGGCGACAAGAAGCGACUGCAGGAGUGCUACCAGUUGAUGCGAUCGCUCGGCAGUGGAACUGUGACGAAUUGAUGAUUUCGGAUGAUGAUGAUGAUGAUAAUGAUGAAGGAUGAUAAUUUAUUUCGACCGUUGUUAGUUUUUAUUCGCCCUUUAAGCAGUUAAAGUUGAAACUGGGAUAUUCUCAUUUUGCUAAGUUUGUACAUAGAGCCUAGAUUUAAAUGCCUUUUUCUGACAAGUGUAAUAAUUUUAAGGGUUAGGGCUAUGAUUGCAUUUCCCUG